UUAAAUUCGCUUUUACCUCCAAGUCAUCUGGUGAGAUUCAAAAUUAAAUUAUGUGCAAAGAAUGUUAAAAAAUAAAUGAAUUUAGUUAUGAAUUUUAGCUACAAUUAUUCUUUUUUACCUACAAAAAAAUUCUUACAGAAGUCAGAACUAAAAAGGGCAAAAGAUCCCUUCACACAAAUCGGCUGUGGCUGACUCACACCGAGACUGACUCACCCACUCCCCCACUCACCCACUCACCACUUACAGUAACGAUUCAACACAGUUCCUUGUCUCUUCCUGAUUUCCCCCCAUCUCUUUACACCCUUUACAAUAGAAGUUAAAAAAUUCCUGAGACCUUCCAGGCUCUUCACAACGCAACCUGGAAUGCAAAUUUCAACAACAUGAAACAAGAAAAUUAUCAAAUGGUGCCAUGGGCACCUCCCAAAAGAGAUGAAGAGCUGUAUGCACCAGGCAAACCCUUCCGCAAACAAAAGAGCAGCAAGUGUCUUGUAUAUUUUCUAGUUCUAAUUGUCUCACUGGGUGCCAUCGCUUUAAUUUUUGCAUCAAUUUUCUUGCGCACCAAGACUCCCAAAGUUGAAAUAAAAUCAGUGGUGGUCAGUAAUCUCAGCCAUGGAAUUGCAAACUCAUCGUCAUCUUCUUGGUUUAAUGCAACGCUUGUGGCUGAGUUAACCCUGGAGAAUAAAAACUUCGGUUCUUUCGAAUUCCAGAACGGUUCUGGAAACUUUUUUCAUUGCAGCGUUACGGUUGGUGACAUGAAGAUCGGUAAGGGGAGAGUGAAAGCUCGGAAAAGGAAGAUGAUGAAGCUUAGGGUUGAACUGAGAUCAAAUUUGACAAGUGAUAUAAAUUCUGGGCUGUUGAAGCUAAGUUGCCAUGCGAAAUUGCAGGGCAGAGUGAAGUUGUUUGAUUUUGUGGAGAAGAAGGAGAGCCCAGAGAUGAACUGUUGUAUGUCUUUAAAUUUGACAAGUCAUGCUGCACAGGAUUUGGUCUGCAACUAAUUUUC